AUGAGGUCGGUCAACCUCAUUGCGCUCUUCGUGGCCAUUUCGCCGUUCUCCGUCAUUGGUUUACUCCAAGUGUCUGGCCUGUCACUCAUGACGUCGCCCAGCUCCACCGAACGGGAGUCUACGGAAGUCUUGGAGAUCAAUGCGAGGGAGGAAAACCGCGCUAUCUUGCUACCUACUGAUCUUCGGGAGUAUUUCCGGAAAUUCUUAAAUGGGGCGUGGUUGAAGGAUCUCUGGGCGAAGAUCAAGGGCAGAACACCCGUCGGUGUAUCUGGCAAGGAGCUGAAGGGUCCCAAAGCGCAGGCUAAGGCCGUGGUUUCCGUCACUGAAGCCAAAAUGGCGCUGAAAUUGGAGACGCUUGAGAAAAACCUGAAGGAGCUCCUGGAGGUGUUCGAGCCGAAACGAGUCGGCGCAGAGAUGGAAGAGCUCCGCAAGAAACUGGAGAAGCUCGAGGCAGCCCAGCUCCUGACACCUCUCGACAAAGACCACGUAGCGGAGAAACUAAAAAAGGUCGAGUCCGAGAUAGCAAAGCUUGCAUCUCGUCAAGAUCACACGACACCAGUCGAUCAAGGUGUCAUAACGAAGAAGAUCGAAAAGCUCGUGAAAACGGUGGGAGCGCUCGAAAAGAAUGGCGACACAUCCGCUGCGGAGCUGAAGGAGCUCAAGGGGAAUCUGCUGAAGUUAAAGAACACGCUCGAAGACUUGGAAAUCGUCGAUGAAGCUCGUGCGAAGAUGGCUGAUCUCAAGGCGAAGCUCCAGAACGUAGCAAACGUCGGUGAUGCUUUUGUGAAAACAGGUUUGCACAAGAUGCUUUCCGUUAAAAUACCUGGAGGUGGUACAAAGGAUUUCGCUCUCCGUUUCUUUCGAAGUUCUGAGUUCCGGGCCAUGCGCGACCAUUAUUCAUCGAAAAGUGCUGUAGCAUUAAAUAAGUCCAUCUUAUUGAAUCUGGUGCGUGAAAAGAGCCCGCACGAAGUGACUUUAAUGCUGUCUGCGGCGCGACAAUAUGGGGGUGAAAGGGUCAGGGGGUAUGCGGAAGCGUUGGAGGAGGCGCAGUUCGAAAACUGGGUAAAUGAUGGGUUGACGAAGGAAACCAUAGCCGCGGAUAUCAUUGUUGAAAAUGAGGCAAAAUUGCAGCCCGAAGAAAAAAAGCUGUUGCUAGGCGUCGUGGGUAGGUUUGGAGAGUUCCCCAAAACAAAGUUUUUGCCUGUAAAGCAAUAG